AUGGUUCAUUGUUUCGAAUUGUAUCUGAUCAUUUGGAAGACGCCCAAGUUCGUCCAAUCAAAAGUUCCUCAAAUCAUCCGGGUGGUUUGUUGAUUAUUUCUUAGAGAGGAUACGGGGAGGAAGGCAGGGGCUUGCAACUUUCUCAUUAACUGGUCGAUUUUCAGUUUCUUUUGAUACCCAUCGACUUCUUCACUCAAGACGGCGCUGUAGCAUUUUUAUACGUGCCCGAUCUUGGCGACGAUUGGAUAAACGAGAAUAUAACUUUGUAUGGCAAGGAAAUCUAUGAAGUACCGGCCCGUCAACAGUUUGUGAGUGCUGUCCGAAAAUUACUUUAGUUUUCAUGAACUUUUCAAGUGGGGGCUCAUCUUCUUGAGCCCGAUAAAUCUCGCGGCAAUUCUUCACAUACAGUACGCCAAUCUUCGCUGCGUGACCCUCGAUGAACUCAAAAAACCAUUGUGGAAAUAUCGGCUGAAUGUCAUUUUUAUCUAUUUCAUCUCUUUGAUCGCGGGAAUUCUAAUUAUGGCUCCAGUAAGCAAAAGAACAGCAAAAAUUGUAACCUGAAGUUUGCAGACCACAAGAGUCGAACCUGCCGUUCGUCUUUUUUGCUUGCUUUUUCAGUAUUUGUAUACUUUGUUUUACGGUGAGAAAGAAAUUGCUACAUUGAUGAUUUUUUUUUCCAGUUGGUUUCGCGUUGAAGUUUUCCUGGGACAUUUGGCAAAGCUUCAGUCCUUGGAAGGAGGUCAGAGUGUCGGAAAACACGCGGAAAAUGCAGAGGAAGAUUUUUUUGGCCAUUCAAGUUCAGGUAGAAUCAUUAAAGUAUUCUUUUACGAAUCAGAAAUUCAUGCUAAAACUGCCCGACUAAUUAUCUAGUUAAAAAUAAACGUUUCCAGUUUUACGUCGCUUUAUAAUCCAACUUUCGGCGAAGUAUUAAACUGUUUUCACAGAGAAAAAAGCUACCUUUGGUAGUGUCUAUUACAAAGUCGAAUUUCAGACUUUGGUCCCAUUUUUGGCUAUAAUUAUUCCGACUUCCUAUGCCAGUUUGCUAAUUUCGGGUAGAGUAAAACCUAACCGAAUUUUAUGCUUUUUCAACUUCAUUUCGUGUUUCUUAUAUUUACCACUUUCUUUUUUUUUACUCAUCUUCACACACAAAAAUCAUCGGGAUUGGUUUUUAAAGAAGCUUUUCGCGGGUUCUCAACGUGAGUUUUCCUCUUGAUAAACAUAAAAUAGGUUCUUUUUAAGGUCCAAAUGCAGUCAAUUCAUCUCAAGAAAGUAUGAAGACGGUUGUCGCUGCCGAGAAAUGAGCAAAUAUUUCGUUAAUUCUAUUGAAAUAAUCUGUAGAUAUGAUCGGAACAAUUCAAAAAAACUGGGAAACUCCUUCAGAUGUUCAUAGAAGAUGUUGAAAUAAAGUUUCUCAAAUAUUUUAUUCAACGAUGAAAAAAAUCAAAAAUAGUUGAAAAAAAGAACUAGCCACUUCACGAAGCGUCUGGAAAAAAAGAUAUUUUUGAAGAAAGAAAAUAUUUUUUUACAUCGGGUUUGGACGAAUCCUUUGGACAGGGUCACGUGCAUUUUGUCAGUGGGUUUUAUAUUCCGGAGGCGAUCAUUUCCGCAGCCUCUGAAAUCAUGGGUACAAAACUAAAAGUUCGGACUUUUUCAUAUUUUUCACACUUUUAACGAACCUUUUUUUUAAGCACUGAUUUCGUCGUUCAAGCUUUCAAAUGUUAGCUUUGAUUGUAAAUUCACGGGUCUAUUUUUGAACUGCAAAGAAGUUUAGACUUCUGGAGUCUUACGGAUUUGAAAGAUUGUUGAAAUUUGAAAAAAAAAACCCUAUUGGACCGUCGAGUAUGAUGCCGACCAGGAGCACGGAUUUCACGCAACUGUAAUAGGGAUAACGGUGACUGUACUUGUAAAUCCAUCUGCCGUCCACAUAAAUAUGGUAGUCGUCUGCACCGACGCUGAAUUUCGAAAUUUAUGCGAAUAUCGAAGGUGGAAUGAAAUGUUUCCCUUCAAGUACCACCUCUACGCGGUGAUGGGGAGGCAACGCCAUUUAUGGCGGCUAACGGUACACCGGUCACGCAGUUCGGCUUGCUUCUGCUAACAGAAUGGGCGGUCUUUUUUAGCCCUGGCAAGGCAAAAAGGAUAGUCAGACCAAAAUUAUGCUAUAACACGUUCAACACCACGGAUGGAACUUUUUCGCAAGAAUACCAGUCAACCAGGACGACAAAACUGGAUGACCGAUUGCAUAAGACCUCCUGGAAAACGUGUGGUCCACGCUUCGAUCAAUAAAAGGCACUAAAAGGCAAUAAAAGGUCGAAAGCGAAAAUGGACCAUCUAAGUAUCUAAGUAAGAAUGAAAUGUUUAUUUUUAUUUUUAUAGUCCAUCCAUUCCGACUUGAGAGGCGAAGGAAAAGGGAUCAGGACGCGUAACGUGCGCGUUCGCGGUUUUCGGCACGAUUAUUUUGAGGGCUUGUUUAUCGCUCUUUACAUUUCUAUGUUGAUUAUUUACUGAUAAUUUUCAUGUGCGCAUUAAAAAUAGUAUAAUAUACACAAGAAAAGCGGUGACCAAGCUUUUUAAACAGUCGGUGGCGAUUGCAUUGAACUCGUGCCAAAAACCACGUACCGCACACUUCUCAGCCUCCUUCGUCUUUCAGUUCGAGAUGGAUUGACUAUAUGAAAAGGGAAAAAAAGAAGUUGUGUUCGAAUUUUAUUCAUAUUUCAAUUUCAAUUUCAAUUUAUUCAGUCUUCAGAGUAAGAUGAAGAAAAUCUCUGCUGAAUCAUGGUAUAAUCGAAGAGUUAGUCGUUGGCACGGGUUACGGUCCACAAUCGCUGUCCAAUAAGUCCCGGAGUGACAGGAAUAAACUGCUUCACCAUGUUGGAACAGUACAGCGCCCAGCUUGUCCAGGGCUGA